GGCUAGGGCUCUCCAAGCGCUUCCGCGUUGGGCCGGGUCCCCAGGCGGCGGCGGGGGCGCGGGGCUCAGGGUGCGGGGCCUCCCCGCUCUUCCGCAGCCCGGCUGUGGCGGCUCCGCGCGGGGCCCAGGGCGCCGAUGGCCUCCGAGGACCUGACGAGGGCGCUGGCGGCCGUGCUGGGGGGCAGGGGGCUGCAGGUGCAGAACUGGGAUUCGGGGCCCGCCGGUGGGAAGCCGCCGCCCCCGGCCCGGCUGCGAGCAAACGUGUCCUACGUGGUGUUGGCCGUGUUCCUCAACGAGAAGGAUGAAGUGCUCCUGAUCCAGGAGGCCAAGCGUGAGUGCCGGGGCGCGUGGUACCUGCCGGCGGGGAGGAUGGAGCCUGGGGAAACCAUUGUGGAAGCUCUGCGGCGGGAAGUGAAGGAAGAGGCUGGGCUGCAGUGCGAACCAGUGACUCUGCUGGCCGUGGAAGAGCGGGGCCCCAGCUGGGUCCGUUUUGUGUUCCUGGCUCGCCCCACAGGUGGAAUUCUCAAAACUUCCAAGGAGGCAGACGCUGAGUCCCUGCAGGCUGGCUGGUUCCCACGCACCUCCCUGGCCACGCCACUACGUGCCCAUGACACCGUGCACCUGCUAGAGCUGGCUGCCCAGUACCUCCAGCAAGCCUGGCACCCUCCCUUGCUGCCCCAGGAGCUUCCCUGCAGUGUGGUGUGCCAGCGGCUCAUAGCUGUCUUCAUCGGUGUCCAGACGCUGUGGGUGCUGGUGGGCACGGUGGGGACACCUCACCUGCCUGUCACUGUUUGUGACUUCACCCCCGCAGAGCAGAGGGGCGGCCUCAAGGUGGCCGUCCUGCGGCUGCUCCAGGAGUGCCUGACCCUGCACACCUUGACAGUGGAACCCAAGGGUGUGUUGGGGCUGCAGCACCUGGGCAGGGACGGCUCAGACGGCAUCUGCCUGGACGUGCUGGUGGCCGUGGCCUUCCACAGUGCAGGUGUCCGAGCCGAGGAGCCCCCGAAAGUUCGGGGUGAGAACUACGCUUGGUGGAAGGUGGCAGACGAGGACCUGCAGAGCCAGCUCCGCCAGAGACUGCGCGAUUGCUCAGUGGUGCCGUUGAACCGAUAAGAAGCCCGAAGCCAGCAUGGGCAGAAAGAGGAAGUGUGGGGGGCUCUUGCCUGCGCUUGCCUCCUGGCCCAGGAAGCCCAGCCAGCAACAGCAGCUCGCCUGUGAGGUAAUGCCUGGUGCCGCCUGCCCGCCCUGUGUGCUCCUACAGGUCAGGACAUAUUUGAGCCCCAGGGUGGGGCUGCCGCCCGCCUGCCUGCCCACCCGCCACAGAGGGCAUGCAGGGAGAAGGCCACCAGAUGCCUGUGCCUCGGCCCCUUGCUGCCAGGCCUCUCCAUCAGUAUACCCUGAGUAGUCCCCGCUGGCCCAAGGAGGAAGGGUGUUCCCUCGGGAUCACCAGACACGGGGCAGGACCCAGCCUCCCUGGUCUCUGACCUCUCUGCCCAGGUGUGCUGGACCUGCCGAGACGGGUUCAGGAGGCGCCAGAGAACAC